AUGCAUCGCCAUGUUACCGCCAUUUCCCCCCGCUUCCCGUCCAUUUCCCGCCCCACACCUUCUCGUCCCCCCUUCCACGCCCCUACCCUCUUCCCUCCCUUCCUCGGUUUUCACCCAUUCCCCAUCUUCCCUAUCUCCCCCCUUUUUCCCUGCUUUCCUUCCCUUGUUUUCCCCCACCUGCCUUGCCUUCUUCUACCACCCCCCAAAUCCCCCCAAAUCCCCCCCCAACCAACCCCCACCCUUUGCCCCUUUCUCCCCGUCCCUUCCUUUUGUCUUCCGCCGCUGCCCCAUUCCCUCCCCCCCCCCCCCUUUCCCAUUCUCCCUUUGUCCCGAACGUUCCUCCUUCCGUUCAUUGCGGGGAAAGGCGGGGGGAGCAGCGGAGACGUCUGUUCCUUCGUCUGUUCCUUCUUCUGUUCCUUCUUCUGUUCCUUCUUCUGCUCCUUCUUCUGUUCCUUCUUCUGUUCCUUCUUCUGCUCCUUCUUCUGUUCCUUCUUCUGUUCCUUCUUCUGCUCCUUCUUCUGUUCCUUCUUCUGCUCCUUCUUCUGUUCCUUCUUCUGUUCCUUCUUCUGUUCCUUCUUCUGCUCCUUCUUCUGUUCCUUCUUCUGCUCCUUCUUCUGUUCCUUCUUCUGCUCCUUCUUCUGUUCCUUCUUCUGUUCCUUCUUCUGUUCCUUCUUCUGUUCCUUCUUCUGUUCCUUCUUCUGCUCCUUCUUCUGUUCCUUCUUCUGCUCCUUCUUCUGUUCCUUCUUCUGUUCCUUCUUCUGUUCCUUCUUCUGCUCCUUCUUCUGUUCCUUCUUCUGCUCCUUCUUCUGUUCCUUCUUCUGCUCCUUCUUCUGUUCCUUCUUCUGUUCCUUCUUCUGUUCCUUCUUCUGCUCCUUCUUCUGUUCCUUCUUCUGCUCCUUCUUCUGUUCCUUCUUCUGUUCCUUCUUCUGCUCCUUCUUCUCUUCCUUCUUUCCUUCUUCUGUUGUUUCUACUGUCCUUUCUUCUGUUUGUCGUACAACUGACCUCUGCACAUGUAUCAAAUGCAUUUUACCCCCAUUUUCAGAGCUGGGAGCUGACGCUGCAGCAACUGCCAGCUCAGCUGCGGAAUCUUUUCCCUCCACGUCAACUGCCACGGCCCACUUGUCGGCUAAGGCGGUGCAGCUGAGGGCGAAUCAAGUGCAGAUCGAAGAAAUGCAGCGCACUGUGGGCCGAGUGAACUACCAGAAAUUCCUGCUGGACUAUGCUCUCUCAGAGACCACUGUUGACUGGAAAGACCGGCUGCUGCCCCCACAGCGCUAUGCAUGCGAUGCAUCGGACGAUGGCAUUCACUCCGACUAUGCAUGCGACGCAUCGGACGAUGACAUUUACUCAUUCCUGGAGUACGACCCAAACCGGCUGUGCCCACUGCCCCUUCCCCUGCACUCUCCCCUCUCCUCUCUCCCCUCUCCCUCUACACAGUCUUAUGCAUGCGACGCAUCGGACGAUGACAUCUACUCCUUUCUUGAGUACGAACCCAACCGGCUGUGCCCCGAUAAAUGGCUGGCAACCCAGGCGCUUGGCUAUGCAUGUGAUGCAUCGGACGAUGACAUCUACUCCUUUCUCGAGUACGACCCAAACCGGCUGUGCCCAGAUGACUGGAUGGCCACCCAGGCGCUCAUAUUCACCCACAACUGCUUCGCGCUGCCCAAACGCCGCUGCAUGGCGCGCACCAACCAGAGAUGGACUGAGCCCCUGCCCUUCCCAGCAGCACUGUUCACUCAGUCUGCACUAAAGGACGAAAACGUUCGGUGGAGCCUGCACUCGUGCAAGUCGUUCACGUGCCUCAACACGCGCGUGGUGGGGGACUGCCGCAACUGCUUCAACCUCACGCUGGAGAAGAACCGAUGGCAGCGCGGCUUCAGAGGGUCGCUGCCCAUUCCCGCCGUCAUCAAGAUGAAGCGAGGGUCGUUGAGGCUCGGGCUAGACGCGGGAGGAGGCACGGGGACGUUUGCAGCGCACAUGGCGCUAUACAACGUGACGAUUCUCACGACAGCCAUGAAUGUGGAGACAGUGGCAGGGCGCACAGGCGGACUGCCUUACAUGGAGACCCUCGCUCACCGGGGGCUUAUCCCCCUCUGGUUACCACACAAGGCGCGCUUACCGCUCUUCGACAACACACUAGAUCUCGUGCAUUGCGUCAACAGCAUCAAGUAUCUCCCUGUGUUGGAAUUUGAGGAGCUAAUCUUCGAAUGGGACAGGGUGCUUCGAGUCGGUGGAGUCAUGUGGUUUGAAAUGUUCUACGCGCCUCUUGAUGAGAUGCCACUCUAUAUUGCAAUAAUCGAGCAGCUACACUACAAGAAGCUGCAUUGGAACAUUACUCCCAAGCCCGACAGUGGCGAGCGGAAGGGCAUGCAUGUUUAUUUGAACUGUGUAAUUGAGAAACACGUGCGCAAAGACAGAUAA